GCCUGACGCGGGCCAUGAGGGUCACCCUGCGCGUGGGGCAGCGCCCAGGGGCGGAGCCGCCGCCGGACCCGGACGGGACAGGUUCAGCCAAUCAGACGAGCCCGCCCGGGCCGGGCCCCUCCCCCCGCGCGGGGGGGGGGCGGUGCUGGGGGGGCGCGGGGGGAGGGGCGGCGCUGCUGGCGCUGGUGGGGGCGGGGGGGGCGCUGUGGUGGCGGCGCCGCCCCCGGAGACCCCCAAAAACCCCGCGGGGGGGCGGGGGGGCGGGGCCAGCGCGGCCCCGCCCCCACGGGCCCGGCCCCGCCCACCCCCUGCGCGAGCUGCCCCUCCCCCCCGCCGCCCCUCCCCCCGCCUACUACAAGGUAUGAGGGGUGGGGGAGGGGGCGGGACCCCCCAAAAGAGGGGAGGACCCCUCCCAAAAAUGCAAGGACACGCCCCGCCCUGAAGCUCCGCCCCCUCGGGGCAAAGAGGAAUGAAGGCCCCAAAAAGGGAAGAAUUUGCCCCAAAAAGAACCCCCAGGUGUGGGGGGCGGGGCUUAACCGGGAGGCGUGGCCUGAAUGGGGCGGAGUCACCAAAGGGGUGUGGCCUACUCGCAUAUUGUACUGCCUAGGGGCGUGGUCAACCAAAUAUAGGCGUGGUAGCCAUAAAUGGGCGUGGCUUACCUGGGGAGGCGGAGCUUGAGCGGCUUUGAGGCGUCACCCCCAGAAAUGGGGCGGGGCUUUCUCGUGCCACCCUCCCAUUGGUCACGAUGAAGCCCCGCCCCACACAAACGGGUAGGGAUCUCUUAUGCCACACCUCCAUGGCAAAGGGGGGCGGGGCUUUUCCCUCACAGCGACAUGGCCGCCGCCAGAGCGGAUGAACAGGAAGUGACGUCACCGCGACAGAGAGGCGCGGCUUCCUGUGUGAUGUCGCGAGGGGGGCGGGGCCACGACCG